AUGCGCGUCGAGCUGCUCGAGUGCCUGGUCCUCUGCUUCUCCGGGCUGCCGAACACCGCCCUGUCGCCCUACCACCGGAUCUCCCAGGAGCAGACGCGCAUGUCCGAGCAGCUGGCCGGCCUGCGGGCGCUGGUGGCCGGGCCCGGCUCGCCGGUCAAGGUGCCGGCCACCCUGCAGGUGAGCAUCAGCACCAGCUCCGUGCGCAGCGCGCUCAAGAUCGCCCGGGCGUCGGUCGAGUCGACCCCGCCGCAAAACCGGCUCCUGACGCCGGCCCUGCGGCUGGCCGGGCUUCGCCUGAUCGAGGCCCUGGUGUCCUGUCAAUUCGUCGACCCGGCCGGGCUGCAGCAGCUGGUGGCCAUCAUCUUCAAGUCGCUGGAGGACGCCAGCGCCAGUGCCAGCUGCCGGCUGGCCAUGUCCCACACGCUGGCCUUUGUGCUGCUGCAUUUGCCGGCCUUUUCCGGGGUGGCCUCCGGGGCCGGGGUCGGUGCCGGGGGCGGCAUGGCCGGCUCGCCGGCCGGCACGCCGGGCUCCGUCGCCCUGGACCCCGAGACCGGGGAUGAUGUCAAGCCGCAUGGCGGUGCCGGCUAUGCCGGCAGCCUGCCGGGUGCCGGUGCCUCUUCGAUGUCCGGCAGUGGGGCCGGGCCUGGCGGGGCUUCGGCCCCGGGUGGCGGGGCCCCCGGGCCCGGGGCCACGGGCCCGGUGCCGGCCAAGUCCCUGACCUCCUCCUUCGGGUCGUUCCUCAUGCGGCGGUCCGGGCCGGCCGGCGACACCGGCGCCUCGUUGGCUUCCAUCGAGGCCACCCCGUCAUUGGGGUUGAUCAAUUCGCUGUUCGCCCCGCUGGCAUUGCAAUUUUCCCGGGCCAACAUCCCGGUGGGCCAGCGCAUCGGCAUCAUGAAUGCCUAUGACCGGGUGCUGGAGCUGCUGGGCAGCCCGCACAGCCGGGCCGCCCCGCACCCGCUGCUGAGCGGCGACCAGCUCCACGCCUUUGUGGCGCACAUCACCCAGCAGCUGCUGGCGCCGAUUGCCGAUCACCACCGGGCGGCCAUCUGCGCGCAGUCGGGUGGGGCCCUGUCGCCGCGAGCCGGCGGCCCGGCCGGCACCCCGCCGCUGGCCUCGGCCAGCCUGAAUGCCCCGCUCGGGGCGCAGGCCCUGUCGGUGGCGGCCACCGAGGCGGCCCUCAAGCACCCGGAGGUGCUGGUGGCCCGGUCGGCCGUUGCCUACCUCCUGUCGCGCAUUGCCAAGCGCCUGGACAGCGAGGCCGGCCUGGCCGGCAUGCUGCGCGUGGUGUCCCUCGAGAUGGAGGCCCUGGUGGACAGCCCGCCGGAGAAUGCCGGUGCCGCGGUGUCGCUGGCGGUGCUGGCGUCGCAUGCCGGGCGCCUGGCCGCGUCGCUCGGCUCGGCGGCCUUCUCCACCCCGGCCGGCGGCCCGGCCGACGUGGCGGCCGGCGGGUCCGGGUCCGGGUCCGGGUCCGGGUCCGGCCCCGAGGAGACCAUCGACCAGCGCAUGCGCAGCCUGCUGCACUCGCCGCUGGUCCGGUGCUAUGGCCAUAGUGUGGACGCGGUGCGGGCGGCGGCGGCCGGCGCCUCGCGCGCCUACUUCGCGGCCUGCUUCCCGACCGGGGCCUCCGGCGCCGGGGCCCUGCUGGCGGCGGCGGUCUUUUCGGCGGUCGAUGCGUCCAGCCCGCCGGAGCUGCUGGCCGCGGCCGGGGUGUCGCCGGCGGGCGCCGCCACGGCCACCGGCGCCGGUGGCAAUGGCGCCGCCCGGGCGCGGCCCCUGCAUGAGCUGAUGCCGGCGGCCUUUGCCCCGGGCGGGGCCGUGGUCCGGAGUGUGUGGGUUCGGGGUGCGGGCGCGGCGGCGGCGGCCAUGCUGGCGUCGGAAACGCCGCAGGUCCUGCUGCCGACCAGCGGCCCGGCCCUGGGGAGUGUGGCCACCGGGUCGGCCCCGGCCCCGGGGCCGGCCUUCGGGGCUGGCGGUGCCCCGCCGACCGGCCUGCAAACCGGGCUCACCUCGCUGGCCACCAUGUCGGAUGCGGACCUGGUGGCUUCGACGUUGGCCGGGUUUUCGUCGGCCGCGCCGGCGGCCCUGCAGGCGGCGGCCGGGAUUGGCCUGCCGGCGCCGGCCGGCACCGGGCCCGGGGCGCCGGCCCCGCAAAUGAUGUCGUCCUCCACCUCGACGCCGGCGGCCGAGCCGGCCGGCGGGGCACUGAGCGCGGCGGCGGCCGCGGCGCCGGCCGGCUCGCUGGCGGCCUCCGGCCUGUCGCUGGCGGCCUCCGGCCUGGCGGUCCUGGGCCCGGCCUGGCUGGAUGCCACCCAGGCAAAUGCCUCGCUGGCGGCGACCGCCGACCGGGCCUUCGCCACUCUGCGCACCGGGGCGCUGGUCCGCCAGGCGGCCGUGUCGGCGGUCAGCUCCAACCCCUCGCUCGGGCAGUGCCUGCCGGAGUGGCUGGAAUCCCAAGUGGCCCUCAGCGACAUGGCCUGGCUGCUGAUCGGUGCCUAUUGCACGCAUGGCCCGGCCCUGAUGGCCCGGUGGCGGGAUCCCCUGAUCGAGGCCUUCACCAUGGUCACCCAGCAGGGGACCUCGGCCCGGUCGCCGGUCGAGUGGCGCAUGCUGCUGCGCAAUUUGCAGGGCGCCCUCGGGGCCCUGGAGCGCUUUGUGGUUCACGGCUGCCUGUGGCACCUGCACCACUACCCGACGGCCUUCGGCCUGGGGUCCGGGGUGGCGGCGACGACGACGACGACGACGACGACGGGUGCCACCGGGGGCGAGUCGGCGGCCGGCGGCGCCAGCCUGCAGCUGGUGGCCCUGCGCCUGCUGUCCUACACCACGCAAUUGCUGGCCUCGGCGGCCGGGGUGCCCGGGGUGCCGUUCGAUGAUCGGCUCAUCCGGCUGCGACUGUAUUCCUGCUACGCCGGGAUCGGCAUCGCCACCAAGGGCGGCCCGGAGUUGCUGGCCACCGCGGUGGAGGUCUUGUGCGGGUCGGAGGCGGCAUUGGGCCGGUCGGCGGCCACGACGGCGGCCGCGGUGGCGGUGGCCGCCGGCACCGGGGGCGAUGCCUCCGGGCCGGGCUUCGCCGGGGCCGGCUUGUCCUUGCGCUUCGGCGGGCAAACCCACCGGACCCAUGCGGCGGCCACGGAUGUCGACGCGGCGGCCAUGCCGCUGGCGUCGGAAUUCUGCUCGCAGUAUGACCACCAUGUGGCGGGCAUUGUGGCGGCCACCCGGGGCGGGGGCGCCGCGCGCGUGGCCCUGCCCGAUGACACGGAUGGCGAUUGCGAUUUGGACGCCCUGACCCGGGCCCUGCCGGGGGCAUUGGAAAAUGACUUCUUCAGUGUCCUGCUGCCAUGGGCGUCGUCCUUCACGUCGCUCCUGGCCCGGCCGCUGUCGGCCGAUGUGGCCGUGGUCCAUGCGGCGGUGCGGGCCUUUGCCCGGAUGUUUGCCUGCCAAACGGAGCCGGCCCAGGUGGCCCUGCUGGGCCGGCUGGCUCACCACAUGGAGGCGGCCUUCGCCGUGUUGGACCCCUUCAGCCGGAGUCUGGCCGAGUCGCGCCGGCCAUUGGCUUCGACGCCGGCCGUGGACCGGGCCGUGUCGGUGCUGGUGUAUGGCAUGCUGGCGGUGCUGGGCAUGUUGCGCUAUUGCAUGGCCACUCGGCACUUCCCGGCCCGGGUGGAAGCCCUGCAUGUGCGCUUGCAGGGGCUCAUCCUGGCGGUGCUGCAACGCGGCGCCGGGGGACCUUUCUCGUUGUUGCUGCGCACGGUGGCGGCCGAGGCCUUUGGCCGGCUGACCGCGGUGACGGCCGCGUCGCAGGUGACUGCCACCGGGGGCAGCAGUGCCGCCAUCCGGACCCUGGUCAAGCAUGCGAUCCCGGCAUCGGAUGGGUUCAUCCGCGCCGGCUACACCCUGGCCAUUGGGUAUACCCUGCGGCAUGUGGGCGUCAUGUCGGCCUCCUCGCACUUGCACGACACGGUGGGCAUCCUCAAUUCGCUGGCGUGCGAUGGGGAUCACCUGGUGCAUGCGCAUGCGUUGCAUGCGCUGGCCACGGUGCUGGAUGUGGCUUCGGUGGCCUUCCGGCCCUUCACGCAGGCCGUCUUGUCGUUGCUCUCGCGCCGGUACCUGGAAACCGAUGGCGGUGGCGGGGACCUGUCCCUGAGCCCGAUCAUCCUGUCCAAUCAGUCGGUCAACAUUUGUGCCAGUGUCCCGGGGUCGGCCCUGUCGUCGUUGGUGGCCGGGCCCGGGGCCGGGCCCGGGGCCGGGGGCCUCUCCGGCGAGGGGUGGCUUGCCCUGCCGGCCGAGGCGUCGGCUUCCUAUGGGAUUCCGGUUUCCCUGGGCCGGCUGGUCAAUGGGCUGGUCCUGCUGCUGGGGCCGGAGCUGGCCAUGCCGGACGAGCUGGACCCCUCGGUGCGGCCCAAUCGCGAGCUCAUCUUCAGCAUGGUCGACGAGAUGCAGGUGUCGUCGGAUUUGGCCGCCGCGCGGGAGGCCCUCCGGACGCGGGAGCAAUUGCUGCUGUUUGCCCCGUCCUUCGCCAAUGUGCCGGCCCUGGUGCCGGUGUUGCAGCAGUGCCUGGAGGUGGCGGACUUGCGCCAGGCGGCGCUGGGCUGCCUGCGUCAGCUGAUCGGCCGGUCGGCCGGGGUGGUCCUCCGGUCGUCCUACUUCCUGGAUGAGCAGCUGUGUCGGUUGCAUGCGGCCGAGCGCCGGCCGGCGGUGCUGGCCCUCAUCUCGUCGGUCCUCAUGGACCUGGUGCUCGGGGCGUCGCACAGCCACGCGGCCCGGUGGGUGGGCCUCGGCAUGGCGGCCUUCUCCGGCAACAGCGCCCUGGCGGGGACCAUCCCGCGGCCGGGGUUCGGUGCGGCGGCGGCGGCGGCCGCUGCGGCGGCGGCUGCGGCUGCCUCCGCUUCCGGCAGCCCUUCGCUGGCCGACGCCCUGGAGGAUGCCGAGCAGGAUGCCAGCCCGGCAGCCGGCAGCCCGGUGGCCGUGGACUCGCGCCUGGUGCACUAUCGCCUGCUGGCGCCGCUGCCCUGGCAGACCAAGGCCCUGCUGAUUGACAUCCUCAAUUCGCUGAUCAUCCAGCUGUCCUCGAACCCGGUGCACUUUGAUGCGGCCGGGCCGCGUGGCCCGGCCGACGCGCCGGACGCCCCGCUGGUCCACCGGCUGGCGGACUUGGUCCGGGUGGCCUUCAAUGCGGCCACGUCGCAGGCGGUGCCGGCCCUGCAAUCGUCCGGGCUGUCGCUGCUGGGGACCAUCAUCCGGUACUUUGGCCCGGUGCCGGAUCCCGAGCUCGAGGGGCACUCCUUCCUGGAGCAGUAUCAGGCGCAGAUUUCGGCCUCCCUACGGCCGGCCUUUGUCACGCCGGUGGGCGGGGCCGCGGCGGCCGAGGGCACGGCCCCGGCGGCCGGUCGCUAUUCGUACCUGGUCCGGGCCCAUGCGACGGCCGUGUGCGCCGAGUAUCUGGCCUCGCCGGUGCUGACCGAUGCCCAUGAUGCGGCGCGGAUGGCCGGGCUGGUGCGCCAGUGCCUGGCCCAUGGCAGCAGCCUCUGGCACGAGGACGACUCGAAUGUGACCGGGGCCAACAUCGGCGAGCGUGCCCUGCGGGUGUCCUCGCUGGCGGCCCUGGCCACCAUGUACUCGGCUUUGCGCGUGCGGCAGCUGGCGGCGCCGGCGGCGGCGGCGGCGGCGGCCGCGGCCGCGGCCCAUCUCGGCGAGGACGACCUCCCGGCGCCGGCAUGCGCGCCGAUCGACCUGGCCGCGGUCUUCCGCUCGGCCGGGCCGACCGCCGGCAGCGGCGGCACCGUCGCCACCGCCACCGCUGCUCGGCACGCCGGCAUUGCCGAUGGUGCCGGCGGGUAUGUGGUGGAGCUGGCACGCGAGUGGAUGGCCGCCCUGCGGGCCUUGUGCCGGCGUGCGUCGGCCGGUGGCAGCCUGGCCGCCGCGCCCAGCGAGACGCUGCUGCCCUUCUACCUGAAUGUGCGGCAUUCGCUGGUCCGGGCGCUGUUGGCCCUGCCGGAUGCGGCCCUGCUGGAUGCCCUGCUGCAUGUGCCGGCCGAUGUGGGCCUCCCCCCGGGCGGGGGGCAUCCGGCGGAGGCGGAGCAGCGCAUCGCCGCGGCCAACACCGCGGCCCUGCUGGUGCUGACGGUCGACUCGCUGGUCCGGCGGGUGGCGCAGCUGGCCUCCCCGGAUGCCGGGGACUCCUCCUUCGGGGGGGUGAUCUCGUCGCUGGUGGCCGGGCAGUGUUCGGCCACCGGCCAGGCGGCCGGGGCCGGGGCCUCUCCCGGGGCCCGGCUGGCCUCCUUCUGCGUGUGGUCCACGGCCGGGCAGGCCCACCGGGCGGAUCCCUUCUCGGUGGCUUUCGGCGAUGCGGCCGGCCUGGCCGAGCUCCUGGCCAAUCCCCUGUCGGUGGUGUGCUUGCGCCUGGUGGCCCGGUGCCUGGGGCUGCUGGAUGAGCAUCGGCCGGGGCUGAAGACCGCGGUGCCGCUGGUGCCGCCGGCCCUGCUGUUCCCCCUGUCGCAUGCCCUGCGCCGGGCCAUGCAGGAAGGCCUGCUGCAUGUGAUGCCGGCUGCCUGCCACCUGGUGCAGGCCCUGUGCGCGGUCAUCCAGCCGGGGUCGCUGUUCCCGGCGGCCGCGGCCGAGGAGGCCACCGGUGGCGGGUCGGCCUCCGGCCGGACCCCGGCCCCCUUCCUGUACCGGCAGCCGGCGCAUGCGCUGGCUCACAUCGUGGUCGAUGUGUUGAUCCGGUGUGCGCCGCGGCGGUUGCCCCGCGAGUUGGGCUUCGGCGCCUCGUCGCCGGUGCUGGCCGCGGCCGACCACUACUUCCACACCUUCGGCCAGUCUUCGGUGGGCAGUGCGGCGGUGGGGGCCACCAGUGGCGGCAUGGCGGCCGGUGGUGCUGGUGCUGGUGCCGGUGCCGGCGCCGGCGCCGGCGGUCCCCCGACCGGGGCCGGCGCCAUGAUGGCCCCCCCGGCCGGGGGGUCCUCCAUGGCCAUGGACCCGGCGGCCGGCGGCGGCCCCGGUGGCGAGGGGCUCGGCCCCGGUGCGGCCGGCGCGGCGGCCCCCCUCGCCGCGGGCAUCUCGCCGAUGGUGGCGGUGUUGAGCACGCGCGUGGCCCCGCUGGCCUUGCAUGCCCUGGCGGGCUUCCUGCGUGUGGCCCUGCGUGCGGAUGCGGACGCCGGGCAGCCGGCCGGCGUGCCCGGGGUCCGGGCCAUGCCCAUUGCGCAGCUCUUUGCGGCGGUGUGCUCGGCCAUGCUGGCGGCGCCGAUGUCGGCGGACCAGCCGCCGGGCAGCGGCUCGGAGGAUGGCGACCUGAGUGGGGCCGGCGGCGCGGCGGCCGGCGCCGGCACUGGCAUCGGGGCCAUCGACCUGUCGGCCGCCGGGCCCGGGGCCGGCGCCGGGUCGGACGAUGGGCACCACCACCCGGCCUCGGCCGGCGCCACCGGCGGCUGCUCCCACCUGCAGCUGGAUGACGACGAUUCGGAGGAGGGCCAGCGGUCGAAGCUGCCGCUGGCCCUGGCCCUGCUGGAGCUCCUGCGCCAGGACCCGGCCUCGGCGAAGCCCGCGGCGGACCCGGGGCCAUCAUCGUCGAUCGCCCCGCCGGACGCGGCUUCGGAGCAGCCGCAGCAUCUGCCGGGGUCCAUCGCCCUGCUGGUGGUGCACGCGCUGUUGACGUCGCCCUAUUCGGCCAUCGCCCCGUCGGUGCGCUACUCGAGCCUGAUUGUGUCGGCCCUGCCGCAGGCCUUCGGCCCGGGGCGCGAGUCCGAUGCCCCGGCGGCGGCCGGCGGCCCGUCUCCUUGCUCCUCUUCACAGUCGCCGGCUGGCGAGUCGGCAGCGGCCGGCCUGAUGCCGGCCCCCGGCCAGGUGUGGGACUUCCUGGUGGGCCGGCUGGCCGAGGUUGGCGUCAGCCCGGCCUACUCGUCGUGCGCGCAGUUGACCGCCCUGCGGUGCUCGCGCACGCUGCUGUCGCUGGCGGUGGCCGCGGCGGCCGACCUGCACACGGCCGACGACCCGCGCCUCUGCCUGGCGAAGGACAUCCUGACGGCGGUGGUGCCGCGGGUGGUGGCCUCGCUGGCCAGCGAUGCGUCGGCCCUGGCGGCCGCGGUGGCCGCCGGGCCGGCCCAGCCGGAUGCCGGCCCGGCGGCCACCACCGGGCGCCUCUACCCGCCGGCCCUGCUGCAGGAGGCCCUGCGCCUGUUGGUCAGCGUGCUGUCGGUGUCGGUGGCGCUGGAUGGCAUCACCCGGCCGCUGGCGGACUUGCCGGGCCCCGGUGACGGGGAGUCGGUGGCCGGGCAGUUGCACUGGCCCUCCACGGCCACCAGCAUGCAGCUGAUUGCCGCGGUCCAUGCGGCCUGGAUGUUCGAGCCGGGCCCCGGCGGCGGGGCGGCGGUUGUCCCGCCGGAGAGCGACAUCGCCGCGGACUCGCUGCUGCAGGCCGGUCUCCUGGCUCCGGCGGCCUUCCGGUCCAGCAUCGAGCCCUGGCGGUCGCGCGUGGACCCGGCCCUGUUGCGCGUGGCCCAGCGCCAGAACCCCACCUAUCACCAGUCGACCGGGGCGUCGGCGUCGGCGUCGGCGUCGGCGUCGGCGACCGGGCAGUCGUCCUCGUCGUCGUCGCAUGCCUCGCGCGCGGCUGCCUCCCAGUCGAAGCUGCGCAUGGAUUUCAGUGACUUCUGA